UUUUUUCGGGGAACAGUUCAGGAACAAGAUGGCUGUCCUGGGACAAGAAAACUAUCUUUCGUCUUUUUAACGCGGUCGUUAUCUCCAAGUAAGCAGUUGAACGUCGAACAACCUUAAACGCUUUAAAGGCAUCGUUUUAGAGUAACGGAACUGUUUUUUUUAGACGCAAGUGAAGCUCGCUUGAAAUUUUCUCAAGGAAAGUUUUUUUAACGGUUUGGUGGGGGUGAAAAUUAAAGAUUAACGUUGGCUGUAAAGAGCAUGAUAUAGUGUUAAUGAAAUAUCUCUAUUGGGACUUUUACAUACAGCGUAACAUUUUUUUUUACUUAGGUUGUUUAGUUAGUUUUUUGACUAACUUUCCCAACUUGUCUGUUUUUGGUUUAUAUGCGUUCAUUAGUUGAGUAUCUCCGCAGCGAAAAUGCUUGAAAUGCUUCAGCCGUUAUAAACAGUUACCAGAUAUUUUUGGAAAACAUCUAACUUUUCCAGAUGCCUCACACCAGAUAAAAAAAAAAGAAAGCGAGAGAUAUCUGGACAAUGAGUUCAUCCCGAGUCAGACCUCAGCAGCUACCGCUGAGCCAGGCUGGCAGGUUGCCGCACAGACUCGACUCCAGCGAGGGGAUAGAGAUGGAGAACAUCCAGCAUCAAGACCUGGGUCUCGGAGGAGUCAUAGGCACCCCGUCCCCUCCGUCGAGACAAGCAUGGAGCCGGGAUAACCCGGGAUUUGAGCCCGAGGAUGAGAUUAUGGAAGCCGAUUGGCCUCCAGCGAGCCCCGGGAGGCGAUCGGUGUCCACGGCCUCUAGCAGCAGCUGCAGCAGCGGCCUGGGCAGCUACACCGGUGGGGGCAGCAGCACCCACAUCCCCCGAGGAGGACUCUACCCGACCCCGACCGUGGAUGCUCAGCAGCAGGAAAGGCAUGAGCAUCCCAGCUGUAUGAAACAGAUACUCCAAAAAAUCAGAAUUUUGUGGGGCACAGAGCUGAUGGAGGACAGUGACAGCAGUCGAGAAAGAUACCUCAGGAACGUACUGAGGGAGAUGCUUACAUAUAUUGCCUUCCUUAUCACUAUUUGCAUCUUAACCUAUGGAAUGGUGAGUGCCAAUAUGUACUACUAUACCAAAGUCAUGUCUCAGCUUUUCCUGGACACACCGCUGUCUGCUGGGGACCCGUCUACUUUUAGGCACCUUUCAACAAUGGAGGAUUUCUGGAAGUUCACAGAGGGGCCUUUCCUCAAUGGCAUGUACUGGGAAGUGUGGUACAACAACAAGAGUCUGCCAGAGAAUCAAAGUCUCAUCUACUAUGAGAACCUCCUCCUCGGGGUGCCACGGCUCCGACAGGUCAAAGUCCGCAAUGAAUCCUGCUCCAUCCACGAAGAUCUGAGAGAUGAAGUUCAGGACUGCUACAACAUGUACACCCCAACCAAUGAGGACACGACCCCCUUUGGCCCCAAGAAUGGAACUGCGUGGGUCUAUACAACAGAGAAUAAGAUGAAUGGCAGCAGUUAUUGGGGUCAGGUAUCUAAAUAUGGAGGUGGGGGAUACUACCAAGAUCUGUCUCGUACGAAAGAGGAGUCAUCAGUCCAACUGCAGUUUCUCAAAGACCACCUAUGGCUGGACAGAGGCACCCGAGCGGUCUUUAUGGACUUCUCUGUCUACAAUGGAAACAUCAACCUCUUCUGUAUUGCUAGGUUGUUGGCAGAGUUCCCUGCUACUGGUGGGGUGGUAACCUCCUGGCAGUUCCAAACAGUGCGUCUGAUGCGAUAUGUGUCCAGCUGGGACUACUUUGUGGGUGUGUGUGAGGUGGCAUUCUGCCUUUUCACUCUGUACUACGUGGUGGAGGAGGUGCUAGAGAUCCGCAUCCACCGCCUGCAUUACUUCAAGAGCCUGUGGAACUGUCUGGAUGUUCUUAUUCUGGUGUUGAGCGUUGUUGCUAUCAUCAUGAACAUAACCAGAACAGCCAUGGUGGGCAGUCUUCUCAAAGGCCUGUUGGAGAACCACACUGCUCACCCCAGCUUUGAGCCACUGGCCAACCUGCAGGUCCAGUUCAAUAACGUGGCAGCAGUCAUCGUCUUUUUUUCCUGGGUCAAGCUUUUUAAGUUCAUAAACUUCAAUAAGACCAUGAGUCAGCUGUCCAGCACUAUGUCGCGCUGUGCCAAGGACCUUGUGGGUUUUGCCAUCAUGUUCUUCAUCAUCUUCUUGGCGUAUGCUCAGCUAGCCUACUUAGUGUUUGGAACCCAAGUCAACGAUUUCAGCACUUUCCAAGCCAGCAUUUUUACCCAGUUUCGUAUCAUUCUGGGAGACUUUGAGUUCACUGAGAUCGAGGAGGCAAACCCAGUGCUUGGACCUAUCUACUUCACCACCUUUGUCUUCUUUAUUUUCUUCAUUCUCAUGAAUAUGUUCCUGGCCAUCAUCAAUGACACAUACUCUGAGGUGAAGGCGGACAUGUCCCAGCAGAGGUCUGAGAUGGAGAUGACCGACCUCAUUAAGAAGGGUUGUAACAAAGCUUUGAUGAAGUUGAGACUGAAGAAGACAGCAGUAGACGACAUCUCUGACAGUUUGCGUCAGGCUGGGGGCAAACUGAACUUUGAUGAACUCCGUCAGGAUCUUAAAGGAAAGGGACACACAGAUGCAGAGAUUCAGGCCAUCUUUGCCAAGUAUGAUCACGAUGGUGAUCAGGAGCUGACAGAGCAUGAACACCAGCAAAUGAGAGACGACCUGGAGAAAGAGAGAGAGGACUUGGAUCUGGAACGCAAUUCGCUGACUAGACCCAGCAGCGGGCGGAGCUUCCCUCGUACCCAGGACGACUCGGAGGAGGACGAUGACGAGGACAGCGGCCACAGCUCUCGUCGCCGUGGCAGCAGCUCGGGUGGUGUCUCCUAUGAGGAGUUUCAAGUGCUGGUGAGACGUGUGGACCGGAUGGAGCACUCUAUUGGCAGCAUAGUGUCCAAGAUAGAUGCUGUGAUCGUGAAGCUGGAGGCCAUGGAGAGAGCUAAACUUAAAAGGAGAGAUGUGCUGGGCAGGCUGCUUGACGGAGUCAUGGAGGAUGAGCGUAUGGGACGGGACACAGACGCCCACAGGGAGCAGAUGGAGAGGCUGGUGAGAGAGGAACUUGAGCGGUGGGAGUCUGAUGAUAUGGUCUCACAGGUCAGCCACCCACAGCCAGCCACUCCUCUCGGCCCCCGCCCUCGUCCAUCUUCUUCCCUGUCCACCGAUGGACUCGACACAAGCACAAAUGGGAGCGGCCAUGUGUGAUGUCUUGGCCCGCUGAAGAAUAUUCCACUCUGGCAAGAACUCUCUAUUGGAAAUUUCCCUUCAGCGGUACAAGUAACUUUGUAUGUGGGACAAUUUUUGCUAAACAAAAUAAUUACUGAAGCUGUUUAAAUUCCUUGACAUAUUACAGAGGAGGUGACAAAGUCAAACUUACCUCACCUCAGAUACUUCAAUGCACUGAAAGUGAGUGAAGUUCUCCUAAGAGACAUCUAAAAGUACUCUUAAAUCAGUCUAAAGCUACUAUCAAGUAUAACUUAAACAGAAUGAUGAAAGGAAACAUAAAAUGUCUGAAAGAAGUUGAAGAAUAAUGAAGGAUUUACAGAACAGUAUUAUACACAGUAUUGUAUAAUAAUACAGCAGCUGCAAACAUACUCAGUUACACUCAGAAUGCACAGCUUAUAAUUUUAGUAUUACAAGAGAAAUAUGCUCACCUGCUUUUGAUCACCAAUUUUCGCAUUUCAUCAAAUACCAAAAAGGCAUUUCUUUGAAUGUUAAUUUUGCUGAUUAUUUUUUCAUCAUUUUAACAUACAGUAGGUACAAGUGUGGCACAUUCUGUCAUAUUUACUCAUUCUUCUGUACGUCAAUUAAGUAGCUUCUUAUCAUUUUAUGAUAAAUAUUGUAACUUGAAACAAACUUCAAUUUGGAGUGCAUCUAGUGUUCAUGGGAAACCCAUGCAUAUAUAAUUUUUUUCCCUGUGCCUUUUUUUUACAAUAUAUUUCUUUUUUAAUCUGUUAAGCCAAAUAAAGUGUUAUUAUUAAAU